CGGUAGUAAGCAUCCAAAGCAACAACAAUGAAAACUUUCGCUUUUGUUCUUCUUUUGGGAGCUGUGGUUAUGGCUGAACCGCCUCAGUAUAGACAGGCGAGAUUCAGGUCACAGAGGCAAGAAGUUGAAGGUCAAGGAGUGGAUGCUCCUUACGCGCCGGCCGGUUACAGGCCAGCCAAGGCAUUUAAUUUGCCAACGCAUCAAGAGUACUCGCCACCAGCUACAAAUUAUGGAAUCCCUGCUGAUAGCUACGGUGCUCCGUUCAAUACAUAUUCGACCCCGCAAUCUCAAUAUGGCGUCCCUCAAGAAACCGACAACAAUAAUAAAUAUGACCGGGAAGAGGUAGAAAAUGUUAAUGAAGCAAACGAUGAACAACAGAAAGAGAAUAUCAAGGAGGAGCCUAAAAAUGACGCUGAGGUAAUAAGUGCCCAAGGAGCUUACUACGUUCUGCUACCAGGAUCCCAACUCCAAAGAGUUCAGUUCCAAACUGAAAACGAUGUACGUAAUAUGGCCUACACAGCUAAAUUACAAUACAAAAACGAAGACCGAGCGCCAAUUUUCGUGUACACUGCUGUUCCUCAAUACCAAUCGGCUGCUUACAUCCAACUAUUAUAAAUUUUAAAAUAUUACAAUUAAUGCCAUUCGAAUAACGGGAUUGAAAAAAAAAAUCAACUGAAAUUAUGUGAUGCGUCAAUGUUGUUAAAUAUCUUGUUUCAUCCAAAAUAUCUGUAAAUUGACGCUGAAAUUUUUUAUUACGAAUAGUGAUUACUUAAAGGCAGGUGUCCCGCUUGUUGCUUGUGUUAAAAUAUUAUUCUCUCGUGAAUUAGGGAAACGAGAAUGCUAAAGGGUGGCUUUGUCGAUUAUUUGAAUGGUAUGAAUUUAAUUAUUUAUUACUUGACGAAUACGAAAUGACAAUAAAAGGUUUUACGUAA